AUGGUUUGAUACCUCUAAACAACAAAACAAAGGGAAUCGAAUUAUAUUAUUAAGGAAAUAUGAGGCUAAGACUUCUGCUGGCAUUGUCCGCUUGCUUUGCUGGUUCACUGGCAUAUAGGCCGCUGGUCAUACUCCAUGGUAUCCUUUCUGGUGCGGAUUCCAUGGACUUUUUGGUGCGGGAAAUCGAAGAGCUGCAUCCGGGCACAAUUGUCUACAACUGCGACAAAUUCAGCGGCUGGUACAGUCUGGAAAACGCCUGGCGCCAGGUCGAUCAGAUUCGGGAUUACUUGAGCGAUGUUGGGAAACAGCACCCGGAAGGAAUCAAUGUGUUGGGCUACUCCCAAGGCGGCAUCUUGGCCCGCGCGGCCAUACAAAGUCUGCCCGAUCACAAUGUAAAAACCUUCAUAUCCCUUUCAUCGCCACAAGCGGGUCAAUACGGAACCAGCUUUCUGCAUCUGAUAUUUCCGGAUCUGGCGGCAAAGACCGCCUUUGAGCUAUUCUACUCGACGGUGGGGCAGCACACAUCGGUGGGCGGCUACUGGAACGACCCGCAUAAACAGUCACUGUACAUGAAGUACAGCGAAUUUCUGCCGCUGAUCAACAACGAGAAGCAAAGCUCCAAUUCCACCUCCUUUAAGAUGGGCAUGGUGCGUCUCAGCAAGCUGGUCAUGAUCGGCGGCCCCAAUGACGAUGUGAUAACGCCCUGGCAGUCCAGCCACUUUGGCUACUACGACGAGGAUAUGGACGUGAUUCCGUUCAACAAGCGAAAGAUCUUCACUGACGACUCAAUCGGCAUAAGGACGCUCCAGGAGGCCGGAAAACUUUUAAUCAUAAUUAAACCCCAUGUUCAUCAUUUGAGCUGGCACACCAACAGAGCCGUAAUACAUCAAGUUAUCUUGCCAUAUCUGGACUGACCACUUGGGACUACCUGAACUAAAGCGACCAAAGGGCUGUGAUCGGGAUUGGCGGCGCAAUCAUUCAUCAAAGAGCAAUAAUGUAAAAUUGCCAUUACACUACUCUGGCAUACAGGGCACACAAUGAUCUUUCAUAGACAAUUUAGCAAUAGAAUAUUUACAAAGAUUUACGAUCAAACGUGGGAAGAUUUAUACAAAUUAUUAAAUAUAUGCAUGUACAUAUGUAUUCUAC